AAUUCUACCUUGUCAAAGAUUCCUGCCUUACAGGGUAGCUCAAAGUCCCCAAGAUGCAGCUCUGCUUGCCCUAAUACGUCUCAAAGGGCUUCAUUUUCUGACAGGUUUUCAAUACAGCCCACCUCAGCAGGCUCCACAGACCGUUUGCCAUACUCAGAAUCAGGGAACAAGGAUGGAGUAACCAAGAGCCCAGAAAAGCGCUCUUCUCUACCCAGACCCUCCUCCAUUCUCCCUCCUCGUCGAGGUGUAUCAGGAGACAGAGAUGAGAAUUCCUUCUCUCUCAACAGUUCCAUCUCCUCUUCAGCACGGCGGACUACCAGGUCAGAGCCAAUUCGCAGAGCAGGGAAGAGUGGCACUUCCACACCCACUACCCCUGGAUCAACUGCCAUCACUCCUGGCACCCCACCAAGCUAUUCCUCACGCACCCCAGGCACUCCUGGAACCCCGAGCUACCCCAGGACCCCUCACACGCCAGGAACCCCCAAAUCGGCCAUCUUGGUGCCCAGCGAGAAGAAAGUUGCCAUCAUACGUACGCCUCCAAAAUCUCCCGCUACUCCCAAGCAACUUCGGCUUAUUAACCAACCACUGCCAGACCUGAAGAAUGUCAAAUCCAAAAUCGGAUCGACAGACAACAUCAAAUACCAGCCUAAAGGGGGGCAGGUUAGGAUUUUAAACAAGAAGAUCGAUUUUAGCAAGGUUCAGUCCCGAUGUGGUUCCAAGGAUAACAUCAAACAUUCUGCUGGGGGCGGAAAUGUAAGUAGAAGCUUCUAUUAGAAAGCUAUCCUUGAU